GUUUUUGCAUUUCCCGCUCUCUUGUUUUGUUAUUUGUGGUUAGAACACAAUUUUUAAAUUUUAGUUUCUUAUUUGGCGUUAACAUAGUGAAUUAUCAAAACAUGGACUCAGAUAUUGAAGAUCAGGAGUUUGAUAGUGAAGAACACUCCAAAAGUGAAGCAGAAAUCCAGAGGGAGAAAAAUAUAAAGGAAAGGGAUGAAUAUCUAAAAAAUUGGGCAAUAAAGGACCCAGAAUUUGCCCAGGCGUUGGAUUUUAUUAAUUCAGAGAAUAAGGAAAAUGUGGGAGAAAAUGUACCAAAAAAGAAAACUUUAAAAAAACCAUCUGAAGACUCUACAUUUAGGUUUACCGGGCAGGUUCCCACUCAAAGAAGAUCGUCCAGUAGAUUGGCAAAGUCAAAGCCUCAAUUUACAGGUGAAGAGUUGGAUGAGAUUGAAAGUACAGGAAAAAAAUCAUCAGUCGACAGCGAUGAUGAAGGUGAAUUGUUGUAUUUAACAAGAACAAUAUCAGAGACAAAGCCUAGAAGAAGUGCGCCUCGCUCAACAGGAUCCAGACCACCAAUAAUCCCUGUAAGUGAAGUAACUGAACAAAUGUUAAACAACAUAAGCUUGAGAGUGUCGGAGAAAGUCUAUGAUUCCAAUGGCACAAGCUGUCAUCAAUGCAGACAAAAAACAAGUGAUCAAAAAACAAGCUGUCGCAACCCCCAGUGCAUUGGGGUUCAAGGUCAGUUCUGUGGGGUUUGCAUUAGGAAUCGGUAUGGAGAAGAUGCAGCUGAUGCUUUAAUGGACCCAGAAUGGACAUGUUUUGUCUGCCGUGACAUGUGCAACUGCUCUUUUUGCAGGAAAAGGCAGGGCAAAAGGCCCACGGGAAUUUUGACUCCAAUUGCCACUAAAUUGGGGUAUUCUAAUGUUAACUCACUCCUGGUCAGUCUACAAGGUGAAGGCGACUUUAUCGAAACCACAGAUAACGAAGAAAACCUUCCAUUAAAAAAGCGCAAGCAGAAAUUUCAAAACAGCAAUGAAGAAAUUUCAGUUGAGGUCGAGGAGCAAUUUCUUGGGUUUGAUAAUAUCACUCUCAAUGAUGAGCAAGAGUUUGGACAAUUUCUGGGUUGGGGCAAAGAUGACACAAUGCAUUUUGAAAAAAAGUUCCAGUGUCAAAGUUGUAAUGCACAAAAUCCAAACCCCGACAUAAAAAGUGGAAGAUAUUCUCUUAAAUGUGACGCGUGUCCAACCUGUUCUAAGGCAUAAUUUGUCUGUUUUAUUAUAUUUAUUUUAAGAUAAUUCUUGACUUCAAUGGUAAAAGCAUACUUUUCUUAUUUUUUUAAUAUUAAAUUUAAAUUGUUAUAGAUUGUAACCAAAUUUUCAGUAGUAAGCAUAAAAGAAAAAAUGCUUUUUCUCAUUAUAUGGAGAGAAUUUUGUUUUAUUCAUGUUUUUAUAAUAUUACCUAUGCAAUUGUUUUAUAUAUGACAUAGAAUUAACAAAAAAAACUAUAUUUAAUUUACUUAUUUGGAUAGUUAUCUUACAAUGUAAAUCAGUACCUAGAACUACAUAUGCCAAGUAAGUUUUUUGAGUAAUUUUUUUUAUAGUUAAGUUUCCAAAAUGGUUAAAAGCUUAAGUCAGCUUAGGGGGUUUCUUUAGAAAGCCUGGUUUGCUGUGGAGAAUCCCGCGCUCUGAUUGGUUAUUGCUUUUUGUAGAGAUAAUUUUCUAUAGAAAGUAAGCUCGCAAAUUUUAAGAAACACCAGGGGGAUAAUAUCUUUGUCUUUAUACCAAUAACUGUUAGUUUGUAAGUUAUAUUACCUGAAGUAUUAUGUACUGUUUUUAUUUUUUAACAAUAAAG